GAAGUGAUUGAAGGUAUAGCAGAGUCAGCCUUCAAGACAUCCGAGUGGCCUGUAAUUCUCUCCUUUGAGAACCACUGUAAUCCUCGGCAGCAAGCCAAAAUUGCAGGCUACUGCAGAGAAUUUUUUGGUGACAUGUUGUUGGAUAGCCCACUAGAAGCAUUUCCAAUUGAGCCUGGUGUUGCACUGCCUCCUCCAUCACUCUUGAAACGCAAAAUAAUAAUUAAGAAUAAGAAGAAACAUCGCAAUCACCACCAUCACAUGAGAAACACACCAGGAGGAGAGUCCCAGUUUCAUGUUGAACUUAAUCAGCCGGGGGAGUCAAGACCCACAGAAAUGCAGGGUAAUGGAGAGAUCCCAAGGCCACUGUUAGAGAAAGAAGGGUCAAGAGAAUCUUCAGAAGAAGAAAAUGAAGUAGCUAAUGGAGAGAUACCUGAUGGAGGUGCUCUAGAUGUUGUUAGUUCAAGUUCUGAUGAGGAAGAAGGUGCACUCACACCCGAGGAAAUACACGAGCGAGAAGUAACAAGCCCUGAACGUGGCACUACCGAUGCAGAAGAGGAGGCAGGAGCUGAGAUAUCUGCACUAGUCAACUAUGUACAACCCGUUCACUUCCACUCAUUUGAAGCGGCAGAAAAACGAAGCAGAAGUUAUGAGAUGUCAUCAUUUGUCGAAACACAUUCUAGCAACUUGCUAAAGGAGAGCCCCAUGGAGUUUGUCAACUACAACAAGCGACAGCUGGCAAGAGUGUAUCCACGGGGCACACGAGUCGACUCUUCUAAUUUUCUCCCUCAUCAGUUUUGGAAUGCAGGAUGUCAGUUGGUGGCCUUGAACUAUCAGACACUUGACCUUGCAAUGCAGUUGAAUUUAGGAAUUUUUGAGUUUAAUAACAGAUCUGGUUAUCUACUUAAACCUGACUUCAUGAGAAGACCAGACAGGAGAUUUGAUCCAUUUGCUGAGUCAACAGUAGAUGGUAUUAUUGCUGGAACAGUUUCUGUUAAGGUGAUAUCUGGGCAGUUCUUGUCAGACAAGCGUGCUGGUUGCUAUGUUGAGGUGGAGAUGUAUGGUUUGCCUGCAGACACAGUUCGUAAGCGGUUUAGAACUAAAACUGUUCCAAAUAAUUGCAUUAAUCCUGUUUGGGAUGAAGAACCAUUUGUUUUUAAAAAGGUGGUAUUACCUGAGCUAGCAAGCAUAAGAAUUGUAGCCUAUGAAGAAGGUGGUAGGGCCUGUUUGGGUAAUCGUGUCCUUCCUAUAGUGGGCCUUAGACCUGGAUACAAACACAUAGCACUACGUAAUGAAGCAGGACAACCACUGGGAAUCACAUCACUCUUUGUACAUGUUAAGGUUGGUGAUUAUGUACCACAUGGCCUGAGCGAUUUUGCUGAAGCUCUAGCCAACCCUAUCAAGUACCAGAGUGAACUGGAGAAGAGAGCACAACAGCUGUCAGUUUUCCAGGAUGAUGAGGAGAUGGAGCAAGAGGGUGGAGAUGGUGACCCUCCUCACACACCCGUUAAAAAAAUUGAUUCAAGAACAAGCCAGGGAGAUGGCUCAUUAAAUGUUGGGGAAGACGGACCAAACAAGCUCUCCAAAACCAAGAGUAAUGGUGAAGUUCCAGACACCACAAUGACAGCACACGAGAGCACUCCCAUAGGAUCACGUCGCCAGAACUCUAUCUCAGCCAAGGCUCACUUAAACACAAAGACAAGUGAAGAGAAACCUGAUCGGGAAAAGGAAUGCUCUCUCACUCUUCUAGAAACAAGUAAACUCCUUAUUGAGGCUGAAGGACUUGACAAAUUAUGGAAUAAUAAGAGUGUGAAAGAGAAAAGAAUUGAGCUUGAGAAAAAUAUAGACAAAUUACGAAAAAAAUAUGAAAAGGAAAACGACAAAAUUUACACCAACAAGAGAAAAAAAGGGUCAGCUUCAAAAAUCACUUCUAAACUUUUUAAAAAAAUAUCACCCAACAAAGGCAUUGAACCAACAGGAACUGUUAAGAGAGAGAGCACCCAGGAGCUUGGUUCAAUGCAAGAGGAACUAGAAGCACGCUUACAAGAGCUGGAGAAGUCCUAUCAGGCGAGUCUUAAUGAACUUGGCCAAGCAAUUCUCUUGGCUGAAAAGAAACUUCAAGAGAAAUAUCACGAACCAAUAUACUCUGCUUUAGAUAAGGCCAUGAAAAUGUCUCAAGGAGCUCAAUUAAAGACCUUACAAACUUUACACGAUAAGCAAGUUGAUGAUAUAAAACGAAGAACAGAGGAAGCACACAGAGAAAAACGAAAAGGUCUUGGCAAAACAACAGGUGAUAAAGAAGAAUUAAGCAGGAAAAAGCGUGAGAUCAGUAAACAGAUAGUGGCUGAAGGCAUCCAGGAAAGGCAGAGGCUGACUGAUAUUCAUGAUAAAAAGAAGGCUGAGUUAGAAAAACAACACGAAGAAAUCCGUAUUCAGUUUGAAGAAGCGAAACAAAAGGCGAGAAACGAGAUUGAAACUGAUUAUGAGGAAAGACGGAUAAAGCUGGAAGAAACUCUUUCCUUGUAGACUUCUAUUUAAGAUGCAGGGUGAGGCUGCAUUUACCAGUAUCAUGGCACAUGGUUUGCCAGCCACUGAGAGAACACAACCCAUGUUCCUUAACAGUAGGCACCUUUGUUUAAGCAGAUGACAGUUUUCUGUGAUGUCAAGCCUACACAGGUACUCUUGUAGACCAGUUUCACUGUUGGCUUCACUUCCAUCGUCAUUUAUGUGUAUGAAAAAUUCUACUGGCGCCUGAAUAAACAAAGAAGCUUUGUGUGUCUGGGUUGUUCAAUACUAGUCACUGUCUAGAGUAAACCACUAGUGCUGCCCAUGAGAGCCAUGUGUUUAGUAAUCCACUAGUGCUGUACAUGAGCCAUGCGUUUAGUAAACCACUAGUGCUGUCCAUGAGAGCCAUGUGUUUAGUAAAUCACUAGUGCUGUACAUGAGAGCCAUGUGUUUAGUAAACCAUUAGUUCUGUACAUGAGAGCCAUGUGUUUAGUAAACCACUAGUGCUGUACAUGAGAGCCAUGUGUUUAGUAAACCACUAGUGCUGUACAUGAGAGCUGUGUGUUUAGUAAACCACUAGUGCUGUACAUGAGCACCAUGUGUUUAGUAAACCACAAGUGUUGGCCAUGAGAGCCAUGUAUUUAGUAAACUAUUAGUGCUGCUCAUAUAAGCCUUGUGUUUAGUAAAUCACAAGUGCAGCCUAUGAGAGCAAUCAUGUGUAUAGUUAACUACUAAUGCUGCCCAUGAGAGCCAUGUGUUUAGUAAACCACUAGUUCUGGUCAUGUAAGCCUUGUGUUUAGUAAAUCACAAGUGCAGCCUAUGAGAGCAAUCAUGUGUAUAGUUAACUACUAGUGUUGCCCAUGAGCCUUGUGUUUAGUAAACCACUAAUGCUGCCCAUGUGAGGUACUAGUGUUGCCCAUGUGAGCAACGUGUUUAGGAUUUAGGUAAUUGUGGGUUGAUUAUGUACAUUGUAAGUCUGAUGAGAGUUUUUAUAUUUGCUGUAAAUUAGAAACUUGACAUUAGAGGCUGCCUGAGACAAGCAUUUUUUGUUGGAAAUUCGAGAGAAAUUUGAGUCACUCUCGCUGCCUCUGGCUUUAGGAGAAGUUUACCAUGCAAAAAAUUUAAUUGGAAGAAGGAAAGAUAUUUAAUUAAUAAAUGUUAAACUAGUUAAUUUUUUUUUUUAGUAUAUUUAUUACUCUUUCUUUUACAGUUUUCAUUGAUAAUUGUACCCCGUGCUGCUGGAUACAAAAUAAGUUAUUUCAUAUGGGAACAUUUUUAUUUUCAGUAUUUCUUCAUUUAGUAUUAUUUGAAUUAUGUAAAAUAUCAGUUCAUGCAUGUAAUAUUUUUCCAGUAUUCAUGUACAUUACGUUGAGUCCCAUGUUAUUAGCUGCCAAGUUUUUUUCCACAUUAUAAGACAUUGUGAUAAGAAGUGUUUAUAGUUAUUCAUUUGACAUAUAGCUCAUAUCAUCCUUAAAUAUUCAUUUAUUCAUCAUGAUGUAUGCCAUGUUAUAAUUUUAUCCCCUAGAUAACUAUUUACCAAUUGGGAAACAUUUUCAUGAUCACCUCCCGGUUGCCGAACUUUUUAUAUGGGUUUUCUUACUUUGUUGUGAUUGGAGUAGUGUAUAUUAUUUUGUGAUAUCAUGUUUGGAGAUGAGAAACUGAAGCUGUAAACAAUCAUUAGACAUAUGCCAAUGUUGAUACUGUCAUUUAUUGUUAAACAAUGUAUAUAGCUACUUCAUUGAAUUUUUAAUAUGACUAUAAUCAUUAGCAUCAGUAAAAGUAUGGAUGCAAAUAUAUGUGGUAAAUGUAUUAGACAAUUCAGAAGUGAAAAUGAAGACAAAAGGCUGCGUUCGACAAUUUCCUCCUCUUUCUUCAUUAAUAUGAAUGAUUUUCUAAUGGGAGAUAUUUCAACAAUUGGUAAGGAAUGUAAUACUUGCACAUUCAAAGUACAUUAUUCAGAAAUAGCUUUAGUUUCUAAGUCACAACACUCAUUUUAAAAUAUAUAAAAUAUGCCCUAGUCAUGGUAUCUAUUUACAAUUAAUCUAUACCAAGAAUUUUUUUUAGAAGACUAAAUUGUGAGCCUUUGUUUUUAAAUGUUAAAAACCUAGCAUUGGUGCUAGGUUAGGCAUAACAGUGGAUGCUUAAUUACUAAGAGGUUAUCUGACAAGACCAGCAUCAGGAGACAUUUUCCUGACAGAAAAUAUAGUAGUACCAUUUAAGGUUUUCUUGUUCUCUUGUUACUUAGUAUUUAAUACAGCAUAUUAUCACAUGCAAAGGUAAUUACCAUUUUUGUGGCUCUGAAAUCCAAAGAAUAUUAAAUUUUCAAAGUUUGUAGAAAAGUCAGUCACUCCUUAUCAUUUGGAGAUCUACUAGCCCGUUUAGGUUCUUGCUAAAAUGUUGAUAUACAAAUUAUUUUUCGAACACAGCCAGAAUAUUCUAUGCAGAUGUAGUUCCCCAUAGUCCUUACUUGCCUUUCUAUUCCUUGAAAAAGAAGCUCUGCCUCAUGUACAGAUUAUUGAGGUUUUAUUCCUUGGGAAACUAAAAUGUGGGUGACCUCAACUCUGGAUUAUGAAAUUUUUUCAGAUGUACAACAUUCUUUCCUAUAUUUGAAUUCUGAACAGUAUUGCAAAUAUUACAUUUUAGUACACUUUAGUUAUGUUUAAUUCAUGAUAUAUAUGGUACCAAAUACUAUUACUGUAUAAAUUUUAAAUUCAAAUUUUUAUUUCGCUUAUCAUCAAGCAUGAUAACAUAUAAUGUCUUGCCAAACUUUAUGUUGAUGGUUAGUUGCAAUAUUGACAAGUUUCUGGAAAAAGAAAGAAAGAUUACGCUAUAGAUUAAUAUUUUUAUCAUCCUUGUACGUAAGGUCAUUCCAGUGACACCUCAGUUUUAAGAGAGUUUAAUGGAUCACUAGUCUUGCAUAUUAUAAAUGAUCCUGGUAUGAUAGUUUAUGUGCUUACUACCUCAUUAUUUGUCAUUUUGGAUGUCUUUUUCAUUUUUUUGUGAAUACAGUGUUCCCCUUGCUUUAUUGCAACAUGUGGUAUAAAUUUGCUCAUAUGCAAUCACCCAAGCCCAGCACCAUUUGAGUUUUAACACACACACUUUUAAAUAUCACUGUAAACUGAUUUAUAUUGAAAUUCUUGAUAAAGAAUGGCUAGAAAGAAAACAAUUUGGAUAUGGGAAAUCCAACAAGCAUAUUUUGAAUGAAAUCCUACUGUUGGUUUUCACUUUAUCUUGUGCCAAGCCUAAGAAAACAGAUACCCAACCAGACAAAGUUGGAUUGCCUUGACAGGAUUAGGACUAGUGGUGGAGGAAGGAAAUAGUAGAUAUAUAUGUAUUCACAGGUUCAUAACAUGUAUACUUCAAUCUAGAUAAAGAUAGGUUUGUUGGCUGGUGUAAAUGUGGGUAAAAGGGAGGAUUUUUUUUCUAGAAUUUUAGAUUUAAUUUUUUCUCAUUUUUUUGACAAGUUGCAUUUAUCUUUGAUAUAUGGUUGUUUGGUGUCUAUCUGAUAAUUAGUAAUUUUUUUGGUAAAAAUAAGAAAGUGGAUUUUUCCCAUGAUUUUAUAUUUUAGAAAUUAUGAUUGAACUGUGGAUUUUACAUUUGCUUUUUUUUUUUCAACGAAAUUCAUUCCUUUUUUUUUUUUCCAUGUGACUGUUUGUUGUGUUUGGUAAUCUCUCAAUUUUUAAGUAAAUUUUAGACUAGAAAUGUGGAGUUUGCAAAGUCUCAGAAUGAAUCCCUUUAUUUUGUAUGCUAUAUUGAGUUCACUAUGUGCAUUAACUUUGUGCCAUGGGCCGAGAAUGCAUCUGUUGCAUAAAGCAAGGGACACCUGCACUAUACACAGUAUUUUUAUCAUAAAAUUAAUAAAAUAUUAAGAUGUAUUGAAAAUCUAAAUAAGACACAAGUCAUAUAAAUGAUGAAUAUCCAGCACACACUCAAGAAUACUUAUUUAAUACACAAAAGAAUACUUGUUAUUUAAUGCACAAAUUGAGCCUUGGUAAUAGGUUUAAGGUGCCAUGACACAGAGUUGGUUGUAGCCCAUGUUUUGCCAUGUAGUAAUAUCAAAUGCACUAUUUCAAAAUUUAUGUAAUGUCUUCGUAUUCUUAAAUUUUAUUCACAAUAAAUUUCAAGAAUCUAGUGGUCUCAUUGCUGAGACUUUUUUAAUAUGAAAGAAGAAAUGAAUUGAGGUAGUAAUAUGCCUCAGAACUGAUGUUAAUGUUGUCAUUUGAUCUUUGACUACAUAAAGUGUUUCCUUCAGGCUGAGCUUCUUCCCUCAAUGUUUCUCAAUAACACUUUGGAUGGCUUAGGAUGUGAAAAGUAUUUUCCAGAAAGAACUGUAUGAAUCAUGUUAGGUGAUUACAAAACCUCUUCGGCUAGUGUAGUAUAAUCUCGGAGUUCUUUUGAUGUUGGACUCGGAUUACGAUUACUAGAAUUCCAUUCAUUUUUCAUAGGAACCUUAGAUGCUCUUAAUGGAUAGAAGGUAUGUUUUUUAUAUGUAAUUUUUUUAAAACGUUAAACCUCAGUCAUUAUGUGAAGUCAGCUGUGUAUAAUAGGUGUACAUACAAUUUCCUUCCCACACUUAUGACCAGCUGUUCUGUAAUGGAGUAAUUAGUGUUCUUAACAUACUACAGAUUCCCACUCUCUUAUCUUGACAUUUCAUUCAGUAUAUGUGUCUACAGUGUAAGAGGUCAGGCCAAUACCUUGAAAACAUUUACACAAUAUAUGGUUGCCCUGAAAUAUUAUAUUUCAAGUUCCACUUACAUGUUCAUCAGAGAGUUUUUUCUCAUUGUCAGUAGGAGAGAGAGCAAACCAGUACUAAAUAUAUUUUUAAGUCUACCAGUACAAUUUUCAAGCUAUAUUUUCACAAAACAAGUUACUUAUUGAGCUUAUUGUUUGCCUUCUCUCUGCCAACUGACAUCAGAUGAUCGUUAUUGAAGUGUGAAAAGUGUAGAGAGCAAUAAGAGUCAGUUUCAGUGAUUUUUGGCUCGUCUGAGCCUUUCAAUAUGUCACCGGUACACUAAGAGAUUAUGCCUGUUGAAUUGGAACUAACUCAGUUGUAUUGUUUUCUCAACUGUUUGUUAUUUGUUGUCAAUGUGUAGAGGAAUGGCAACAUACCAGAUACUUCCCUUAAGUAGUGUUUAAGUUAAUGGACCAAUGAAAAGUCACUACAUUCACACACAUGCUUUAGCACAUAUGCAUACACACAAUGUGCACACGUACAUAUACAUUCACACUAACAAAUACACAUGAAAAAUAAGAACCUAGAUUGUUCCCAAGGUUUUCAAGUCAUAUUGAUGUCACAACCUGCAGCCAAGUGCAUAAGACAUUCUUGUUCCUUUGAAAGUUGACUGGAGAACGGCUAAUAUUUGGGAAAAAACAGAAACUUUUGAGGAGAGCUGUAACCAUGGACAGAUGAAUCAUUGAUGAUAAAAAUUAAAAUACAGGGCUUAGGGCAUUAUUAGUAAAGAGAAACUAACAGAUUUUUUAUCCAGUUGGAGUCAAAUCUUCAUAUGCAAUUCCUAUCAUUUUAUUCAUAUAACUUGUAAAGCAACUCUGUCAGUGCCGAUGUGCUGUUCUAUGUACAAAUGCACAAUAUUUUGUAUAGCAUCUACAUGAGCUCCAUUUCAUGGGGUGCUUUAUUUAUAAAUAUACAAGUAAAUGCUUGGAUUUAAGUGUCAUAAAUACUGAUCAAUGAAAGAUGAGAAGCCAUUUGGAUGGAAAAAUGAAACAUGGGUGGAAAAAACUGUAAAUUUUUACUUCAGUUAAAGAUACGCUGAAGAUGAUCUCUGAGGCUGAAAUAUACACAUCUUUUUAAACCCAUAUUUAUUUUUCUAUCCAAAUGACUAAUCACUUUUCAUAUAAUUAUUUGAUUGAAAAUAAACUGUCAAGGUUUGAGCCUUUAAAGCUGAGGUUGUGAAGAAGUUUGGUCAACAUGACAGUCUGGAAGCACAGUCACCAAAUACAAGUGCUGCAUUCAUA